AUGAAUAAUUCCUCUUUUGCAAAAUCCACACUUGACAUUGGAAUCAGUGAUGAGGAGUGGGAAAGACUACAGAAGGCUCUCGACUGGCCUGGUCCAGAUCAACAAAUCACUCAGCUGGAUCUGAGCACAAAUCCAGUCCACUCAACAUUCUCUAUUGUGGAACUGAAAAAGAGUUACAAAGUGGGAGAUAGCAUCUCCAUUGUUAUCACAGCCAGAGACCACAACAAGAACCUGAAAACAUAUGGAGGAGAUUUUUUCCAAGCAAAGCUUUUCAAUUCAAAGCUAAAGGCAAGUCUGUACGGGGAGGUUGUGGAUCAUCGUAACGGGACUUACUCUUUUGUUCUUCUUCUUCCCUGGGAAGGGCAGGCACAAGUUUUUGUACGUCUUGAGCACUCCAGUGAGGUUGUGCAGAUUCUUAAAAAAUACAGGGAGUCUUCAUUCCCACGCAGCCACUAUAAUGGCCACUUUGAAGGGCCAGGAACCAAGAACACCAGGAUCAGUGAAGUAGUAGAAUGUAAUCUUAAGUGGGGUGCCGAAAGAAGUUUGAGGAAAGGCAAAUGCUGCUGUGAGUAUAAGGAUAUAAAAACAGGGACGGAGUGGCAGUGUGAGAGACCGAAGAAACUUUCCUGUGACAAACUAGUUGGUCACUCCAUGGGACGUUUUGAAAGCCCAUUAAAUCGUUUUGAGAAUAAACUUUUUUCAAAGAAAUUAACAAAUGUUGCUAUUACUGGAGACAAAACAAGCAUAAAUGUCCUUCCCAACACUGAAGGCAUUGGCACAACGGAGAGAUGCAGAUCUGGCUUGACAACACCAGUUCCUGCUGGGUUCUAUUUGAAAGAUAUUUGGAAGUCUUUUGUAUGCAACACUCAACAGUUCAAUUCUACACGAAUGGGAGAUUGCCUUAAAAACAAAAUUGUCUACUUGUUGGGAGACUCCACCACAAGGCAGUGGUUUGAGUAUUUGGAAAAAAAUGUGCCAGAUUUAAAAAGAAUGGACCUCCACACUCCUUGUACAGGUGGACCCCUGAUGGCUGUGGAAUUGAAAAAUAAUAUCAUUAUUCACUGGAGGCCACAUGGUGUUCCUUUACGAUUUAGUAAAUUGCUCAUUACCAACCUGCAUUAUAUCAGCAAUGAUAUUGAUGAAAUAGCUGGUGAUUCUCAUGCAGUCGUUGUCUUCACAUUCUUUGCCCACCGGGUUUUUCACCCAUUAACUUUUUAUGUGCAUGAAGUGGCUAAAAUCCGUCAGUCUGUUGUAGCGCUGCUGAGUCGUGCACCACAGACUACUGUCAUCAUCAAGUCUGGAAACACUGCAGGACGAAAGAAUAUUUUUCAAAGUGAUUGGUAUACGAUGCAGCUGAACACAGUGAUGCAAGAGAUGUUCAGAGAUAUUAAUGGAGUAAUAUACUUAGAUGUCUGGCAGAUGACUUCCUGUCACUAUCUACGUGAAAGUAUUCACCCAGGACCUGUUAUCGUUGCUAAUGAGGUCAAAACAUUUCUGUCAUAUGUCUGUCCUGUAUGAUUCAUCAUUUAGUAUCACACAGCCCCAAAGAAAAACAUGCAUCUUGCUUUGUCAUCAUCUACAAUGUACAUACAAUAAGACAAUGUACAUAAAACCAGAUUGAAUGAAAUGCU